AUGGAUUUCAACGUAACCUCACGAAAACGAGCCGCACCUUCAGUAGCGCAGGGUCCCGGCACGGUCGGCGCCGACGGUCGCGGCGUAGGUCUGUCGGGAUGGAAAUCCUCCGCAGGAAGCGGCGGAGCUUCCGCGUGCCAGCUGUCGAUGUACGACGAGGCGCCGGUGGGGGAAGAGGUGGCCAUGGAGCAAUUCGAGGAGUUCGCGCUGGACCGGCUCCGGGUGCUCAAGGCGAUCGACGACGCCAAGGCGCGCGGAACAAAGGUGGACGAGCUCGACAGCAUGGUUCCAUUCGAGGAGGUUCCUGAUUUGGUGGCUUCUCGCAGGGUUUAUCUCGAAAAGGGCUUUGCCUUUGUCCCCAGAGACCAGCUGGCGGCCAUUGUGGUUGGUCAAUUUCGAGCCAAGCUGUCCAAAGCACUCGUGGCAACCAACAGGAAGUGGCUCGCCCACAUACAAGAAGACGAGCAAGAACGCCUGAAGCCGGUCACUGCUGCUCAUCCCUUCUUCCUCCCCACCCCGUCACCGUCCUCCAGGAAGUGGCUUGCCCACAUACAAGAAGACGAGCAAGAACGCCUGACACCAGUGAUUGAGGCUCUCAGCACACGCUAUCUAGGCCCUGACUUCUCCCAGCCUGGCGAGACUGCUGAGGUGUCGCUCCGUGAUUUGGACGUUGUGGCGCGGCAGUCUUUUCCGCUCUGCAUGCGACACCUCUUCUUCAAGGGCAUCGGGCUGAGAUUGGAGGAUGCACUCACAUUCUGGCGCUCUGAGUUCUCCAGAAAGAUGGGUGCGGAGCGGUUUGACAAGGAGUAUGCGUAUUCGAUCCGGCACAACUACGGCAAGGAGGGCAAGCGAACGGACUACACUCCCUUCUCCUGUGUGAAGGUCAUCAUGAGUACACCUGGGUGUUCUACUGAGGGCAAGCGCACCGACUACACUCCCUUCUCCUGUGUAAAGGUCAUCAUGAGCACACCUGGCGUGGGAGAUCACCACGGGUGUCCCUUCAAGCACUUCAGCGAGGACAACUUGAGAGCUGCCCUUUCUCGCAUGGGGGUGUCGUCAGGAGCAGCCAUGGAUGAGAUCAUGCAGAAGACACGGCAGCAGCACUACCAGCAUCGCAAGGUGCUCCAUGCCCCACGGGGAUCACACAUCCGAAUCAAUACUUCAUGCUCAGCAGACAGGUUAUUGAGGGACGAACUCAACCAGCUCUCCCACAAGGGCAAGGACAACAACCACGGCAUCCAGAAAGGGCUCGCCAUCAUGGGGAAGGCGGAAAUUAUAUCGAACGUUUUGUUAGCUGGUCUAUCCGUGGCUCCGCUCUUCGUGAAAAUCAACCCCAACUUCAAUGUUGUCGCCAUGGCUUCGCUAACCGUAUUCGCUGGCUGUUACCGAUCCGUCAAGCCGGCCGCUCCAGCUGAAACGAUGUCGAAGGAGCACGCCAUGCGGUUCCCCAUCAUCGGCAGCUGCGUGCUCUUCUCGCUCUUCCUGCUCUUCAAGUUCCUCCCCAAGGACCUCGUCAACAUGGUGCUCAGCGCCUACUUCGUCUUCCUGGGAGUCAUGGCCAUCGGUGCCUACUGUGCUUGCACACACUUCCACCAGUCUGCCAUUUCACUCUCGAAUUUCGAGAUAGAGCUGACGAUGGCGCAGGUGGUGGCGGGCAUUCCAAGCUCGGCGUUCUGCGUGUGGUACGUCACGCGCAAGCACUGGUUCGCCAACAACGCCCUCGGCCUCGCGUUCUCCCUGCAAGGAAUUGAGAUGCUCUCCCUCGGCUCCUUCAAGAUCGGUGCUAUCCUGCUGAUUGGAGCAAUCCUGCUGGUGAGGCCAUGUGCUGCUGGUGAGACUAUGCGCACCGCUCAGGCUACAGGCUGGGCGUUCCUGACUGGUCUUUUCUUCUACGACAUCUUCUGGGUCUUCUUCACUCCGGUUAUGGUCUGCUACAUUGUGGUCAAAUCCUGCCUCCUCCCACCCAUCCGUUCCCCCCCCCACCACACCCUCCCGUUCCCCCCCCCACCACACCCUCCCGUUCCCCCCCACGUGCCCCCUCAUUCUCCCCUCCCCCAGACUGGUCUUUUCUUCUACGAUAUCUUCUGGGUCUUCUUCACGCCAGUUAUGGUUUCUGUCGCCAAGUCAUUUGACGCACCCAUCAAGCUGCUGUUUCCAACUGGUGACCUCGCAAGGCCUUUCUCCUUGUUGGGUCUGGGCGACAUUGUUAUCCCUGGCAUCUUUGUGGCACUCGCUCUAAGAUACGAAGAAGCGAAGGCGAAGGGUCUGGUGGACUACGAGCGAGAGCUGGAGGGCAUUCUGGAGAAGCUGAUCGUGGAGUGCGAUCGCAAGAUCCAACGGUCGUUCAAGCGCCUGGAGGACGAGGAGGGCGCGGCUGCGCUGAACGCCGUUAAAGUGUCCGAAGUCACUGAUUCACCGGAGUCCAUAGAGCUGACAAAGAAGAUCUAUCAGAAGAUGGCAGAGGUCGAUCAGCUGGAGAUGGAGAACAGGAUGGACGACAAGAUUCGGGCCACGGAGGAACUGGAGAAGCUCAAGCAGGAGCGAGCAGACAAGCAGGCCGCAUCCAUUCUCGACGCGUUCAACAAGGAUCGUCUCUCCGGCCCGCCUGCCCCUGGAGGGCCGGCGGUGGCAGCACCUGUGCUGAGCCAGCCGGACAGCAAGACGCAGGAAAUGAUCAAAGAGAAGCUAAGGCGCGCGGAGCAAGCCGGAGAGGAGGGGCGGGUGGACGAGGCUCAGAAGCUCAUGGAAGAGGCAGAUGCUCUCAAGAAGCUCGCCAUGGCUCCAAAGCCAGACCCCAUUGCAAGCCUCGGCUUUCAGAUCGUGAGUCUGCCUCUCCAAUCAUUCCGCGUUGACCGAUUCCCGUCCAGCCCUUCCCUCCGUCGCACACCCGAGGGGCAUUCCUUACCAUAUUCGAAUAUGUCCCCUCUGAGGCGCCUUAAGAAUUGUCUCUGUUUGCUCUUCCUUCUCUCCGCCUCCCUCCCUCGCCUGCUUGCUCUAUGUGUGGUCUGGCAGGCGGAUCAGAAGCUCCGGGUGUGUGACAUCUGUGGGGCGUUUCUCAGUAUCUUUGACAGAGUUCAGCGUGUCGAGUGGUGUCUACUCAAAACUGCUCAACACUAA